AGCGAUUUGAAAACGAAGGAAAUGGCAAGCAAGGCUAAAACCGGAACUAUUUGUUUUCUGUGUAAAAGUCCGGAGAAGGACGAGAGCCUGUACAGGAACAUUGUCGGGAGAGGGCGAUUCAUUGUCCACUUGUACUGCCUGCUUCUUACGCCGAAUCUGGAGAGGGCCGGGACGCCGGGAGAGGAAGGACUGUUGGGAUUCAUGCUGAACGAUAUCCUGUCAGCGGAGAAGCAGUUGAAGGCACAGAUUUGUUAUCUGUGUGGAAAAGCAUACGCCAACAUUUCUUGCCAGCAAGCAGAAUGUGGCCGCACGUUUCACAUGGCUUGCGGCAGAUGGGCCGCGUGUUUGUAUCAUUUUGUGCACCCUUUCCCGAGCUGGUGCCAUCGCCACGUGAAGCACCAGAUUGUGGAGAUUGCACGGCACGGCGAUGAAGAUUCGUGCGGUAUCUGCCGCAAAGAGAUGGCUCUAUUUAGUCGGCUAGAAUCUAUCAGACCACCCUGCUGUAGAGAUGUAUGGUUCCACAGGCGAUGCGUGGCAAAGCGUGCCUCAGCGGCGGGCAGUCAGUUCAAGUGCCCAACCUGUGGUGACAACUCAGCCACGUUCAUUCAGGCGAUCCAGCGGCGGGGAGUAUACGUGCCAGGGAUGGAGUUCACCGCCUGCGAGCCGGAACCGAGCGGGCUCAAUCACUCGUCAGAAUGUCAGUUGUUGGAGGAGUCGAUUCCAACCGUUGAGCUGUCCAGCGAGGUCGAAGAGGAGGUCGAACGGCUGGCCCUGAUUGCCACCGUGAUGAAGCAGGUGGUCGAAGAAUUUGCGCUGGCAGAUCUGAUCGAUCGUACGGUCCGUUUGGUCGAGAGGGGACUGGUGGAACCGCCGGAGGAUCUGGAGGCGGAAUGGGAGUUACUCGCGCAAAAAGCCUCAAUAGUGCGCCUUGAAGUGGAAGAGCUCAACGCGGACCAGCAGCGGGUGGCGGAACCGCCGGUAACGCAAAAGCGGCGCCGAGAGGAGUGAUGAGGAAAUUGGUGGUUUAUUCUACGGGUUUUUAAAUCAAUUUACG